ACCUGUAACUAGAGGGUGGAUUAUAUAGACUAUUACAGGGACAUGCUCUGAAACAUUGACUAUUGUUAUCAAGCUCUGAAACAUUGGAUUAUUGUUAUCAAUGUAAUCAACUUGUGAGGAUCCUGGACAGACGGUUUUAACAAUGACUUUGUGAAAAAAACGCCUUUUGAUUUUAAGUCGUGACGUCACACUACCAUUUGUGUAUAUAGAGCUGUUUACUUCCUGAAUAUAAGAUUGUACAACACAAUGGAGAACUACUUACUUUUUCUAGUAAUCUGCGUACACUGGACUGUCCAUUAUUCAGAUGGACUACCUGAUUGUUGCAGCGUGCAAAGAUUAGAAGAGACAUUUGAAGUCACCUGUCCGGGCUGUCGUCUGCAAGUCAUUCCUCAGGAUGAAGAGAAGAACACAACUUCCUUAAACCUUAUGCACAACAACGUAAAAAUCCUGCUUAAAGAGUCCUUUAUAAAUAUGCCACAUUUAGAACAUAUUGUAUUGUCCUUUAACAGUUUGUCAGUCAUUUCGACUGGCACCUUUCAUCACCUGGUCAACCUGACGUACCUUGACCUAUCACAUAAUCUCCUUGAUGGCUUCUCAUUCGAAGCAUCCGCCUUCAAUCCCCGAAAUAACCUCAAGACUCUUAUCAUGUACAGUAACAACUUCCAUUUAAGGAAGGUCUAUCCAGAACCAACGUUAUUGUCUCUUUCACAAAUUGAAACACUUCAUAUUGAUAUAUUCGACGGAUUGACUUUUGGAGAGGGAUUUUUGAAUUUAAACAAAAUGAAAACAUUGUCGUUCAAACAAAGAGGAGAGCUGUCGAUAAGAAACACAUCAUUUCAACGAUUGGAGAGUAUGGAUAUUCAUAAAUUAAGUCUUUUCUUUAAAACCGAAAAGCUAGAAAGAAAUGCAUUGCAUCCAUUUCGAAAUUUAUCUAAGUUGUGUUUGACAUCACGCCGAUACCGAGACGUUCGUGAUGUUCUGCCCCUUCUCCAUGGAUUACGAGGAAGAACGAUGGAAUCAAUUGAAAUUCUUCAUAACUAUGUUCGUAAUGAUAAUACAGUUCACUUAGAAAAUUCAGACAUCCGUUUCUUCAGCGCUAUUUGCAUUAGAAAACUUAACCUUUCUAACAAUGCAAUUGGAAGUAUUAGUAUAGAAGCCGUGUUGUCAUGGGCCAGUCGAGGCUGUAUAGAGUAUUUGGAUUUGUCGAGAAACACUUUUCAAUCACCACAAGUGUUUUUCAUUCUGAAAUUAUUUCCCUCGAUACAAUAUUUUGAUUGUUCAUAUAAAACGUCAACAUUCAUGCGAAAACGAAGAACCUUUAAAAAUCGAAAGAUUUAUCUUCCAGACAGUCUCAUUUAUCUAAACCUUAGACAUUUUAAAUUUACCUCUGACUUCGGACGUCUCGGCUUUAUUGACAAAAAUCUGAAGAUUUUGGACAUCAGUUAUCAGGAACCUCUAUUUACAUGUGGUGGACAUCGUUUUAACGGUUUAAGUCACCUUACAGAGUUCGAUAUGUCUGGAAUUGUUUGUUCAUUUCCUCAUCCUGAAAUGUUCACUGCCAUGUUAAAUCUGACAAAACUAACGGCCAGAGAGUGUCUUCUAGGCUAUAGUGGAUUAGUUCAUAACAAACUUUUUCAAGGAUUGACACGUCUUACUACUAUCGACCUUUCGUCAAACAAAAUAAGGUAUCUGAACUCGAGCACCUUUAAAGACCAGUCGGAUUCGAUGAAAAUGUUACUUCUCGCAGACAAUUUAAUUGAAAGCCUUCCGAUUCAAAGUCUGGUUCGCCUGAAGGUAUUAGAAUUGCUCGAUAUCAGAAAUAACCUUAUUGCUUCUUUAACCUAUUCAGAAAUUACUCUUCUUGAAAAUUAUAGAUCGGUGUCAGAGAGGUUCAGAGUAAAACUUGCAGGAAAUCCAGUCUUGUGUGACUGUAACAGCCUGGACUUCCUUUCUUGGAUAGCCACGACACAGGUUAUAUAUGACAAAGAUGAUAUCGUAUGUAUAAACAGCCACAUGAAAAUUGUCGAGAUGCUUGAAACAUUUCACGAUUUUAGAAUUGACUGUACAUCUCAGUUUUGGCUGAUCAUUUCUAUCAGUCUCACAGUGAUUUUCCUCGUGUUGGGAAUCAUGUUCCGAUUGGCUUGGCGAUACAGUGUGAAUUUACGCUUUUGGUGCCGACAUCAAGUAGAACACGAGACGCCGCCAUAUGAUAUCUUCAUUUCAUACUGCAGAGAAGAUUGUCGAUGGAUACGGAAAUCAUUUACUACAUGGCUAGAACAACACGAUAUCAGAUAUAGCGCCGAAGAUAAAACUUUUGAAACGGGACUAGAUAUUUGUGAUAAUAUUAUGAGAGCGAUUGAUGAUUCGUAUCAAACUUUAUUUGUAGUAAGCUGUAAAUUCCUUGAAUACGAAUGGCAAACAUUCGCUAUGAAAGUAGCAAGUAGAUACUCAUUUCGUGAAGGAAGAGAACGCAUGAAUAUCAUUAUCCUAUUAGAUGAUAUGAAGCGGAGCGAAUUUCCAAAACUCAUCCGAGAAAACUGGGACAUCAUACGCCCUUUACAAUGGCCAGAUGAGCAUAACACUGAUAAAACAAGACUCCGUACAGCAAGGAAGCUAUUUUGGGAAAAGUUGUUAAAACGCGUUCGGAAAGGAAAUAAACGACUAGCUUCAUCUAUUAAUUCCGAGUCAACAGUAUAGGCGUUUGUAUAUUAUAUUGUCACUUGUAUCUUCAAUAGAAAUACUAACCAACAUUACACGCGGUUGAAGUUAUAACAAUAGAAAAGUGUUCCGAAUUUGUUAAUGCUGAAAAUAAGAAGAAGUGGGAAAGAGGCUACGAGUGAUUUAAAUGAACACAUACAUGGGUCUUGGACACCAAUUUAAAUUGAUCUAAGGCCUGUUGGUAACAUACGUAUUAGUGGUAUUGAUGUUUGUUUAGCAACUUUUUUGUUUACAUGUAUUUCAUUCUGUCUUCAAUUUUCUUAGAAAGAGUUUACGCGAAACCAAUACAAAUAAUAUAGAUAAACUGUAAAUGUUUAGUCUAUGUAAAGAUUUUCUGGUAAAGCAACUCACAGACCAUUUCUAUUUCAAACAGAUAAAUUUGACUAAAACGUAAUUUUAUGAUGUUAUAAAAUUCAUGCUGGAUCGAAAAAGAAACACAAUUAGAAAAUGUCUCGUUUACAGGAAACGAUAAUAUGUUAUAGGAUGUAAUACUAGUGUAACAUUUAAACCCCGAUGAUUUUAUUACAUGAAAUAGAAAUAUUGUACAUUCACAGUGUAUUACUACAACGGUAUUACAGCUGUACUAUGACUACCAAGUAAAUGGGUACUAUGCAGAGAUGAUGUCCUUAAAUUCUGUUAUAGAAUCUGGCAUUCGGGAAGUUUACAGUUUUACCUACACAAUUGUUGAUAGGUUGUGAUGACGUCAGAGGUGUCCUUAGAUUUUGGUAUACAAUCUAACAUUCAGGAAGUAUACGUCAUUAACUACACAAUUGUUGAUAAGUUGUGAUGACGUCAUGGUGUCCUAUGGUUCUGUUAUACAAUCUGACAUUCAGGAAGUACACCCCUGUACCUACACAAUUGUGGAUAAGUUGUGAUGACGUCAGGGGUGUCCUUAUAUUUUGGCGUACAAUCUAACGUUAAUAAAAUAUACAGCAUUACCUACACAAUUGUUAUUAAGUUGUGAUGACGUCAGAGGUGUCCUUAGAUUCUAUUGUACAAUCUGGCAUUCAGGAAGUAUACGUCAUUACCUACACAAUUGUUAUUAAGUUGUGUUGACGUAAGGGUGUCCUAAGAUUCUGUCGUACAAUCUGGCAUUCAGGAAGUAUAUAGCUGUAGAUAUGAAGUAAAAAGCAGCGUAAGCCUCAUCAAAUAACUGUUUUAGGUCUCUAAGAGAUAAUGGCAUGUAGUUUGAUAUUGCUAGGUUAUAUAUAGCCAUGUAAUUGAUUUUCCAUUGUUGUUAUGCCGAAUACAGCUUUCUGAUUGGU